AUGCGCGGACGAGCGCACGGGGCGGUGUCGCAUUCGCGACUAGCGCUAUCGUUCAAGCCGCUGCCUGUACCGUUAGACAGAGAGAGCGAAACGGAGCCGUGCAUUAAAGAGGGACGACAGCAGGCCCGCGCCCCGUCCGCGAGCCAUCCGGAAGCCUCUGAAACUGGACCGUUUUCUUUUCUUGUUAUUAUUGAGAUCGGCUCUCAAGUUCUGUUGUUGUCGCGCGGCGCGCAGUCCGCGCUGAUAACGCGAUGCCACACCGACCUGCGCGCGCGCACCACGCACCGCUCCGCAGCU